GUGCUGCUGGUGGGCAGAAUAGAAAACACACGGAUGAGUGAAAAUAGUUGUCUGAACAGGGUUUGUUCUGGAGUUAUGUUUCAGGAGACUGCUGGGUCGUAGGGAUGGACUGGAUGUGGCAGAAGUAGAACAUCUCCAGUUGCUGGAUUUAAACUUUUGUCCCAGGACACAAGUAGAGAGUCCCACUCUUCCAACUCCAAGCAGUGAAGAUGACAGUGAUCCAGGCUUCCUGUAGGAAAGGUCUGCAGGUGUGUUUACUCCUGCUGCUGGUGGGACGACUGCAGGGCAGGGUCACGGCACCAGAGCGUCUGGAGGCUCCGGUGGAGAAGCCCUUCACCCUGAGCUGCAGUGUCUCCAGGGAGCGGGGUGAAUCCCUGAGGCAGGUGCGUUGGCUGGACGUACAGAACCAGACCUUGCUGAGCUACCAGCCCGGCCAGAGAGACAGCGUGAGUGGACAGCAGCACGUGGAGCUCGCCUCGUCCCCAAAGGACACCUCGGCCAUCACCAUCCGCAGGGUGGGCUUCCGCGACGAAGGCUGCUACACCUGCAUCUUUGACAUGCAUCCCUCGGGUUCAAGGAAGGGUCAGACCUGCCUCACUGUCACCUCACAAGUCACCGUCGAUGGCAACAAGACGGCGGUGAGCGGCAAGAAGGCGUCCCUCUCCUGCUCGUACGGUUUGCCUGAGAAGGUGCAGCAGAUCUCGUGGAGAUACACUCCUGCACAAGGAGAGUCCGCAGACGUGGCCUCCUUUGCAAAGCGCAGUGACCCCAUGAUUGAGCCACCGUACCAGGGCAGGGUCUGGCUCAGUGCCUCGCUGUCCGACAGCCAGCUCACCAUCCAGCCCGUCUCUAUCCAGGACGAGGGUUGCUACACCUGCCUGUACAACACAGAUCCUGACAAACCAAAGAGCUCCACAGUUUGCCUCUCCACCUAUGUGCUACCCAAACCCCAGGUGAGCUACAAGACCACCUCUCCAGGUGUGAUCGAGGCCAACUGCACCUGCGUGUCACGUCCCCCGGCAGAGAUCGUGUGGAACGUGGAGCGUGAUAACCGCACCGUGGGCCCCCCGGUGACCACGCAGCUUCCGCGGGCCGACGGGACCACCCUGGUCAUCAGUACGCUGACUGUGAAGUCAGGGUUGCUGAAAGACGUGUCCGUCAAGUGCCUGGUGCACCACAAAGGCCUGGAGUCGCCGAUCGCUGUUUCCAUGAACACUAAAAUUGGAACAGCUCUCACCAUCCUGAUCUCAGUCACCACAGUAGCAGCUCUGCUGGUCAUGUCCCUCUGCUUCUGCCUUUGGAAGUGUUUCCUGCGCAAAGAAGUGGAAUAACUUUUCAGAGCCUGAAAAACAGAGGCAGUGUUUCUCAGAGCCAACGUAGCAGAACUGAUUCCUGACAUCCUCCUCUUCCUCUUCAUCAUCACCUUGGUACAAAUUGAAGAUGGUACGACACACCAACACAAUCCUACUCGUGAACGCCGACCGUUCGACGUUCAACUCUGCUCCUCUGAAUCUGACUCUCACAUAAUCUCCAGGCUGUGUUCACAUGAAGUCUGUUGACUGGGUCAUAUUUAUUCUCUGUAAUGUAUUAGUCACCGUAUGGUCAAUAAAAGCACAGGGACUUUUCUGUGACAGCAUGUGUCUUUUCCUCAAAACACUGUCCUCUGUUUGUCUCUGAUGUUAAAUGAUGAUAAAAAAUGUGUGGUGAUAUUUUAUCUUUUUCUUAUUAAAACAAAACUAUAAAAAGAUCAAAAACAGAUCAAAGAGACACAUGGUGCACCAGUGGCAUGAACAUGCGAAGUUUAGUUUAGUUUUAAGUUGAUCCAAAAGACACCAUUCUGCUUCCAUACAUAUGCACAAAAUGACUGCUAAUCCCAACAAUCCACUAUUUAUCCCGCCGCUGUUUGUGUAGCAUUAGCUUAAACUACAGAAUGAAAAUGUUUAUCUUUAUAUUUAUCUUUUUGUAAUGUUGAUUCUAUAUGAAUUUCUAUAUGCCCUAUUUCUAGAGAUGUGUCUCAGUUAGUCUCAUGGCCUUCACCAGACUAUAGACUGAAAGAUGAUGGAAUAAUGGAAGUGGAAAGGCUAAUGUUGUCCAUCUUUACAGUCUCUAAGUCAGACCAGUAUUGAAGAGAUUGACUUGUGAUUUGGUAAGUUUGGGAUUUUUGACAGUAGGAAAAAUAUUAAAUACAAAAAUGUAGAAUAACAUAGCUAAGUGAUUCUCUUCUUUUACCUCAGUCGAUGACCUCGAUCCUGUCAGCUGGGAGGGGUCAUGGGUAGAUGUCAUCAGAUAAACUAAAGAGGCUGCACGCUUAUAUAUUUGUGUGUCUACAGAAAAAGUUUCUACACGUUGUGUGAGUGUGCAUGUGCGUGUGUGUGUUUGUGUGUGUGAUAGAGAGAGAGAGAGAGGGACUGUAGAGGUUAAAUUCCAUGAACAAAUAGCCUGAAUCAAUUCCCUGAGGAAGAAAUGGAGAAACCUUUUUUGGUGCCUCUGAGCGGAAUGCGUGUCUGUCUGCAUCUGAAGACUCCAACGAGUUGCUGUGGGUGAACUCAGGUUAGGCUGUGAUGGGGCGUUGAGGUUGGGCGGCUUUGUGGUUUUAGAAAUUGACUCAAGCGCUGCAGGUUUAACACGUUAAAAAAAUAAAACCCCGAAAGCUGGCUUCACGUUUUUGUUGGAUCUGGAUCAAAGUGGCACCUAAAGUAAAAUGUAAAGGUGCUUUGUGGAUGUAUAAAAUGUGUAUGUGUACAUGCAUUUAAAAUUGUAUUCUUGGUUUUAGAACAGAUAAGAAUCUGUCAGUUAUUUGUCGACAGAAGAAUGACGCUCAGGUUAUCAGUCUUCAAUCACUUUCCGUCCUUUUCAGAAAAAGGACUUUUCAGUAAUAACAUGAUUAUCGGUUGUGUUGCUCUUUCUGUGGAGUUUCAGUUAAAGUGUUCAACACUGAUUAUGAGUCCAGUCCUGUAUAGAGCAAAAACAAGAGUAGAAGAUGAACUGGUGCAUUAUUAUCAACUAGUUGAAAUUGAUAUAAUAAAUGCAAUAAACAUUAUAAUAAAACUUAAAGCCUAUUAAGUUUC